AUGGUCGACAAGCACAUCCGCAUAGACACAGACAGCGACGGCAACGAGUCGGACAGCGCGUCGCCCUCCAAGCGCGCCCGCUUGGACCACGACGAAGAGGAGGACCAGUCGGCGAACGCAUCGCCCCUCCCGCGCUCGACACCGCCCAGGGACCGCAAUGCGCAGGAUCAGGAGGACGACGAGAGUGAGGACGACGCGAUGAGCGAGGACGACGACGAGCAGAGGCAGGCGCUGGACGCCUUGCAACAGACUCAGCGCGAGGGGCCUUCGAGGAUCGCAGAGGCCGGCGUCAUCAAGCAGGUCACUCUGCAGAACUUCAUGUGCCAUGCUCACACGACCGUCGACUUCGGACCACAAGUCAACUUCCUCGUCGGCGUGAACGGGUCGGGCAAGUCGGCUGUCUUGACGGGAAUCACGAUGGCGCUCGGAGGGAAUGCCAAGACGACGAACCGCGGACAGAAGGGCGGGGACCUGAUCAUGGAGGGCAAGCCUUCGGCCCGCGUCUCCGUCACGCUCGCCAACAAAGGCGAAGACGCCUUCUUGCCGCACAUCUACGGGAGCGAGAUCACGGUCGAGCGCGUGCUGAACAAGACGGGGAGCGGGUCGUACAAGAUCAAGAAUGCGGAGGGCAAGGUCAUGGAUGGGAAGAAGUCGACGCUCGAUGCUAUCCUCGACAACUUCAACAUCCAGGUCGACAACCCGAUGACGGUUCUCACCCAGGACCAGUCUCGUCAGUUCCUCGCCUCUGCCUCGCCCAAGGACAAGUACACGUUCUUCCUCCGCGGCACGCAACUCGCCCAACUCACCGAAGAAUACGAGCAAAUCCGCGCCAACACCGAACAAAUGGAAGCCGCCCUCCAGCGCAAGAAGGAAGUCUUGCCCGAGCUGAAGGACGCGUAUAGGCGCGCGAAGGAGCGCGCGAAGGAGGCGCAGGCGGCGAUCGAGCAGCAGGGGAACUUGCAGGUUUUGGAGGACCAGUUGGCGUGGAGUUAUGUCAAGGAGGUCGAGGAUCGCAUCGAGUUCGGCGAGGACAAGAUUGCCGAGGAGCAGGCGAAGUUGCUCGGCAUGGAGGAAGAGCUCAAGAAGUACCAGGAUGAACUCGCUUUGCGCGAGAACAACAUCGCCGACCUCUCUUCUGCCGAGCGCGAGGCUCGUCAGGAGAUUGCGGAGAAGCAGCCGAGGCUUGACGAGCUGAAGGAGUUGCUCAAGGCCGACAAGGACCGCGCGACCAAGUGGAAGGCCUUCGAGCGCCAGAUUAACGCGACCGUUAGCCGCCUCACCGAGACCAUCGCCGACUUUGACCGCCAGAUCGCCGAGGAGGAGAAGAAGCUCUCGCGCGACCUCGAGGCCGAGCGGCGCCCGCUGCGCGACAACAUCGUCCGUGCGAACGAGGAAAUCGAGAAGCUGAGCAUCCAGAUGGUCCAGGCGCGCCAGGAGUCGACCGAGUUGUCGGACAAGUCGGAGCAGGUCUCGCCCGAGUACGACAACGUCAAGGCGCAGAUUGAGACGGCCCAGCAGCGCGACCGCGACGUCUUUGGACGGAUCGACCACACGAAGCGCACGCAGCAGAACACGAUGCUUGCGUACGGACCGCGCAUUCCCGAAGUGCUCAACGCUAUCAACCAGGAGGGCGGCUGGCGUGAGAAGCCAAUCGGCCCCAUCGGGAGGCACGUCAAGCUCGAGCGCCCAGAGUAUGCGCGCGUCCUCGAGUCGUUCUUCGGCCCGGCGCUCAACGCGUUCAUCGUGACCAACCACGAAGACGCCGCUAAGAUGCGCAGGAUCCGCGACUACUUCAAGCUCGACCACAACGUCCCGAUCAUCACGCAGCGCUACGACAACUCGUUCGACUUUUCGCAGGGCGAGCCCGACUCGAGCAUCCUCACCGUCCUCCGCGCAUGCAAGAUCGACCACCCGCUCGUCCUUCAGGUCCUCAUCGUCUCGUCCCGCAUCGAGCGUAGCGGAUUGGUCCCGACUCGUCCGGACGGUGACAACCUGAUGCGCACGAACCCGCGCAACGUUGAGGCCGCCUACUCGGGUGACUGCUUCCAGCUUCGCAACAACCAAGGCAGGUCAUCGUCGUCCGUCAUGGCGCCGUGGAAGGGCGCCCCUCGUCUCGUCAGCGACGUCUCCGGCCAGAUCGCCCGCCUCAACGAGGAGCGCGCAACGAUCCAGCAGGACAUUCAGCGCCUCGAGCAGAAGAAGGCCGAGUUGCACCAGCAGCUUGCGAGCUUCCACAGGCAGAAGCAGGAAGCCGACUCGAAGUUCGCGGCCGCCCAGAAGCGCACGCUCUCGCUCAACCGCAGCAUCCAGCAUUGGGACGCGCAGCUGACGGAGGAGCAGCCGAACAACAUUGCGGCGCUGCAGGAGAACAAGAGGGAAACGGAGGUCGAGCGCGAGAACGCCUUGGCGCAGUACAAGGCCGGUCUCGAGGCGCACAACGCCAACAAGGGCGACAUGGGCGCGAUCGCCGACGAGAAGGCCGAACUCGAGAACAACCAAACGGAGAGGGUUCAUUCCGAGAUCAGCGGCCUCAAGUCGAGGAUCGCGCUCGUCGACAAGGCCAAGACGACGUCCGAGAAGCGGAUCGAGCAGUUCAACGAAGAGCUCGAGGCGACGAAGCAGAUGCGCCAGGAACGCUACGACAUGGCGAUCGAGAUCUGCCCGCGCCCCGAGGUUGCCAAGCCGAAGGACGCGAAGAAGCUGCAGAAGGAGAUUGACCAGAUCGAGCGUGCGCUGAAGGAGCGCGAGAAGCGUCAAGGCGCAUCGAUUGAGCAGAUCCUCGAGGAGCUCGAGAAGCGCAAGCAAGUCGCGCAAGAGGCAGUUAAGUCGACCAACGAGAUUGCCACCCUGAUCAAAGGCAAGCUGCUGAAACCGUUCUUUCGCCUCUCGGAGGCUCUCUCGACCGCGUACGACAAUCGCGUUGGACGCUGGACCGACUUCCGCUCGCACAUCGCGCAGCGCGCAAAGAGCCAGUUCCAGCACCACCUCCGGCAGCGCGGCUUCAACGGCAAGCUCAAGUUUGAUCACAACAAGUGCCGCCUCAACAUCGUUGUCCAGACCGAGGACGCGCAGGAGGGCCAGAAGGCCAAGCAGAAGGACACGAAGAGUCUCUCGGGCGGAGAGAAGUCGUUCUCGACCAUCUGCUUCCUCUUGACGAUGUGGGAGGCGGUCGGGUGCCCGCUGCGCUGCCUCGACGAGUUUGACGUCUUCAUGGACGCCGUCAACCGUCGCAUCGCCAUGCGCAUGAUGAUCGACACAGCCAAGACGGCCGACCAGACGCAGUUCAUCCUCAUCACGCCGCAGGAGAUGAGCAGCAUCACUUGGGGCCCGGAGGUCAAGGUCAACAAGCUCGAGGACCCGAAGCGUUCGCAGGGCGCCCUCGCCCACGGCCGCUGA